GUUUAGUCAAUGUUUGGUAGGAAACCGGCAGAUGAAGAAAAUUGCUCAAGCUCAAGAUGGUUUCAAAGAAGCCGAAAUUUGAGGUACAGCCUUGAAGAGAAAGGCGGGAAGGCCUUUCAAGAAUGGCGCUGAAAGUGCUUUCAGCGCUCGACACAGCGAGAACUCAAUUAUACCACUUCAAGGCCAUCAUCAUAGCCGGCAUGGGCCUCUUCACCGACGCCUACGAUCUCUUCUGCAUCCCUCCAAUCAUGACGCUCAUCGGACGUGUGUACUACGAGAAGAAUCAGUCCAAGGUCCCGCCAGUUGUUGUGUCAAUAAUGGUGGCUAUUGCUCUUUUGGGAACCGUGAUUGGUCAACUCGUGUUUGGUAGGCUCGGGGACCUAGUGGGAAGGCGCCGCGUGUACGGGCUCGCAUUGAUGAUCAUGGUGCUCAGCUCCAUAGGAUGUGGGUUUUCCAUAUGCACCACCAGGAGUUGUGUUCUGGUGAGCUUCGGGUUGUUCAGGUUCUUGCUGGGGAUCGGGAUUGGUGGGGAUUACCCCUUAUCGGCUACUAUCAUGUCGGAAUUCGCUAACAAGAGGACACGUGGAACGUUCAUAGCCGCAGUUUUCACGAUGCAGGGGUUUGGGAUUUUGGCUGCUUCAACGGUCACGAUGGUGGUCUGCGCCAUAUUUGAGCGUGCAUCAAGCAAAGAUGUUCCGAAUCAUCCAACACCCAGAGAAGCUGAUAUCGCAUGGAGAUUGAUAUUAAUGCUGGGUUCCAUCCCAGCUGCAUUGACAUAUUAUUGGCGGAUGAUGAUGCCUGAAACUGCCAGAUAUACAGCUUUGGUUGAGCACAAUUAUCUCCAGGCAGCUAAGGACAUGCAGAAAGUGCUAGACGUUUCGAUAAGUCAGAUAGAAGAAGACAACCAACCACAACAAAAUCCAUCAUUAUAUCCCCUCUUCUCAAAGCAGUUCGCUCGUCGUCAUGGGCGUGAUCUAUUCGCUUGCGCCACCUCAUGGUUCCUUGUUGACGUUGUCUUUUACAGCAACAAUCUGUUUCAGUCUCAGAUAUACAAACAUUAUCUCCCAAAGAAAGAUGAAGUGAAUGCCUACCAAGAUGCUUUCAAAAUGGCAAGACUCCAAGCAAUUGUGGCAAUCUGUUCCACAAUUCCAGGCUACUGGGUCACCGUCUAUUUCAUCGAUCGCAUUGGAAGAGUCAAAAUCCAACAAAUGGGUUUUUUCUUCAUGGCACUUGUUUAUUUAGCGAUUGGGAUACCCUACAACAAGUAUUGGGAACAAAACACAAAUGCAGGCUUCAUGAUCCUCUAUGGCCUCAUCUUUUUCUUCUCAAAUUUCGGACCAAACACUACCACUUUCAUAGUGCCAGCAGAAAUGUUUCCCGCUAGAUUUAGAUCAACCUGUCACGGCAUUUCUGGCGCUAGUGGGAAGGUGGGGGCCAUUAUUGGGUCUAUUGGGUUUUUGUGGGCUUCCCAUAACCGCAAAGAGGACGGUUACCCCAAAGCAAUCGGAAUGACAGCCUCUUUGGUGAUUCUGGCCGGAGUUUGUAUUGUGGGAAUGGUGGUAACAAAGUUUUUCACACGAGAAACCAUGGGAAGAUCAUUAGAGGAGAAUGAGAUUGAUGAUGAACCCAAUAAUGAGCUUGUUCCUAUGCACUCACGUUCAUUUCUUGCUGCCUAGAGCUUUCUCUAUCUCUUUCUCUCCAUGUGCAUGUGCGUGUUGUUUAAGAUCAGCUCCCUUAUCUCCAUCGCAUCAUGGCUUAUCACUUACGCACAAGCUCGGCUAGACAGACGAAAUUGUAUGAUGUUUUGGACUGUGUACAUAAGAGUAAAGAAAAAACAGAGCUAGGUUCGCCAUGGGGCGCGCCAAUAUUUUAUCUGAAAUUCCGAGUCUCAGGCCGACACGUUCCUUUGUCGUUUGGUCAUACAGAAUUGCAAUGGUUUCAACAAAAGUUGGGUUCAAAUGUGUAUGUCUGAUUUUGGGCUUUGAUCGAUCCAAGCUGUUGGGGCACCCAUGUAGUGGACCUAGCUAUUCUGCUUGCUUGAUAAAAUUACAUGGGUCCGGCAAAUAAGAGUUGA